GAAAGCCCAAGUGGGGCUUGAAAGAUCAUCCAAGACAAAGGAAAAGAUGGCUGACAGAAUUUCACCAGACUGAUGUGAAUAAAGAUGUUUAUUAGAUUUUAGGAAAGAACAUCUAAGCUGCUUACAUCCUGUUAGCAAACCCAAAUGUAAACGUUUUAUGAAAAAGGCAGAGCACCUGUGGCUCCCAACAACUGAUGUAAGGUUUCACCUUGGAUGACAUCAUCCCAUAGCUUUAGAGCAGGACUGUGAAAGGUCCUUCCAAGUGCCCCAUAGAGGACCAACUGCCUGUGACAUCACAGAGCAGCCAUCACUGGGUGAUGCUAUACCCAGGCAACCACCUGCCAUCAUGUAUGAUGCACACCAGCACCCACUUGAGCAGCUUCCCCCAGCUCUCUCAGCAUGGAUGAGGCUGUUAGGCUGGAAAGGAGAGGCUAUAGUGUGAACGACACACUAGGAGAAGGCAUUUAUGGCAAAGUGAAAUCUGCCUACUGCAAACAUCUGAAACGCAACGUGGCCAUCAAGAUAAUCAGCAAGAGGAAAACUUCUUGGGAGUUCCUGGAAAGAUUUCUCCCCAGGGAAAUGCAGGCUCUGAGACAGCUGAACCACCCCUCAAUCAUCAAAACCUAUGAGAUUUUUGAGAGCGUGUUUGGCAAAGUGUACAUCGUGAUGGAGCUGGGGCAGAAGGAAUACCCGCACUACAUCAUCGUCAUGGGGGCUAUGCAAGAGGACAUAGCUUGUGUCAGGUUUCAGCAGUUGGCCUCUGCCAUUAAGCAUUGCCAUGACUCAGGCUUUGCUCACAGGGACCUGAAAUGUGAGAACAUCCUUCUUGAUGCAGACCUGAACAUCAAGGUGUCAGACUUUGGCUUUUCCAAAUCUUUGUGUCGGGAUAAAAACAGAAAAUUUAUUCUCAGUCAAACCUUCUGUGGGACUGCUGCGUAUGCAGCCCCAGAAGUGCUACAGUGCAUUCCUUACGACCCCAGGAUGUCUGACAUAUGGAGCCUUGGUGUCACCCUGUAUAAAAUGGUCUCUGCUUCAAUGCCAUUUGACAAUUGCAAUGUCGGGAAAAUGGUCCAUAUUCAGAAACAACACAGCAUUACCUUCCCUGACUCAACAUACCUGACUGGAGAGUGCAAGGAACUGAUACGUCGCUUGCUGCAUCCCAAUGUGUCUAAAAGGUUAUGCAUAGAUGAAGUUCUGAAACACUUGUGGGUGCAGACUCCAAAAUCCAAAAGCCCCUUCCCUCUGCCAGCUGCAGAAGAGGGUGAGUGUCCCAAAACCUGUGCAAAGGAAAGCCUUAGCACAAGCAGCAGGACAACAAAUCCCAAUCUGCAGAAAGGAGAGCAGAAGGAAACAGAUCCUCUUAAGGAUUGGUGUUUUUUACAAUAUCAUGAAGUUGGCCUAACUUGUGAACUGCUGGUUCACAACUUCAGCUUCUCUGGGCCCUUUCAGCCAACAGUCCCUAUUUUUUGUUGUUUUAUAGUUACUAUUUCAUUAAAGCUGUCUUAAAUUUCUUUCCAACUCAUAAUUUGCU